UACGUGUCAAACAAUAAACACCCUUUGAGUUGUGAAGUGCAUUGUGUCUUUUGUCAUUUAAUCAUUUCACUCACCUGUGUGUGUUUUCACCAAAGUGACUGUUCAGAUCUUUUUAAGUGGGUUUCAGUGGAAAUGUCUGAACAAUGUCUMGCUCUCAGUUUGGAGGAACAGAGUUUGUUUGGGAACCAACAUCUUGUCAGAACAGUGUUCAGCAGCUAACUGUAGCCCUUCCUCUGCAUCCCAGAAUGUAAUGCUAGGUUAAAAGUGCACGGUUUAUAAAACAGCCUUCUAAUUCACAACUAUGAACCCCUCAGAUUCAGAACAGAUAGCUGUUAGCUUGUCAGUCUGGUCAGAAUUAAACUGUUUCCCCAAAGUGAGAUUGUUGACAUAAUUAUCUAUAACAUGUAAGAUAUUACCUGUCAGAAACAGCUCCAAGGGUAGGAUGGCCCAGGAGGAGAGGCGUGGUUUUGUAGUCAGUGGGUUGGUCAAUCCCCAUCCCCUGCACUUUACUGAAGUGUGCGAAGCAAAAUACUGAAAUCCUCCCCCACCAAUACGUUCAUYACUGUAUCGAUGGAGUAAAAAUAUAUGUGUUGUAAGUAGUGUGUGUACUUAAUACAUGAGCCCUGUGUGAGUUUGUUUGGGUUAAUACAUGCUAUAUAUUAAAAAUGUAGUUGACAGAAAAUGUAGAUGUGUAAAAGGAGUUCAGAACCCUGCUUCAAAUGAUCAAAAUGAUCCUUUAAUCAUCCUGAAUAAAGAUAAACCUUUUGUGGUCRUCUCUGCACCCGUCUGUAAAACAACCCUUUAACCCUGUAGAAACAGAGCAGAACUGAUCCUGCUGAGACUCAGGCAGCAGAUUACGACAAAGUGCUACAAAUUGCAUCAUAAUUUGAUCAUCUUGAGCAGAUUCUGCAACAAGUGCUAWGAUAAAUACCUCCUGAUGCCCACUUUCUAUAAUCUUGAUACCUCAUACAUUCAGAUAAGACAGAUCAGGGCACUCUAUCGCCUGCUUGGAGGGUUUAACUUCGUGUGUUCACAGAAAGCUCACUGCAGGCGGAUGGAGGACAAGCUCUAUAGCUGUAAUCCUCYAGCAGGUCACUCUCUCCUGCAGAGUGCCAUCACUUCCCCAGAAUCUGCACUCUAUCCCUGAUGCUUUAAACCGAGUGAUACAACAAACCCAGAUAAGCAACAGAUUCUUUAUUUUUAAAGAUUUUAUCACUGUGGGUUUAUUUUUUAAUACGGUUCAGCUUCACUGAGUCCCACUCUGUGCAACGCUGAAGUGAGCUGGCAAACACAAAACACAGACUGAGGCAGUUAAAAGAUGAUUUAAUACAUAAAACUGAAUUAUAAGCUCUUUAUUUUCAAAGGCUCUCUUAAAAAACUACAGUGACAAAAGUUUUUAGUGUCCAAACUAAGAAAUACUCGUUAUUCACAAACCCUGAGGCCAGCUAUGAAACCUUAGGCGUUUUGUCACAUAAUCAUGCUGGUUUAAUUCAAUUUACCAACACAUGUGACAGAACCACCGGUGUAAUUUAAUUUCACAUAGUUGAAUUUAUACACAAAGGAARCGUUAUCAGUCAGAUAACAUUUCCUGGUUGUUUGUGGUCAGAAUAAGAGGCCCUGCUGGAAACAGUGGCAGAAAAAAAAAUUACAUCCUGGCUGCAUGAAUUCAUUUAUUCAUUCAUCUUUCUCAUCUGGUGAAUCUUUGAGCCCUGAURGAAAAAGGCUUCUUCACUGUAUUUUUUUUUCUUCUUUUGUAGAUCACAGUGUUUCGAAUGGGAUCAGAGGGCCAACAAGACAUUGAAAUGGCCAUUCUUACUGCUUUGUUAAAAGGCACGAAUGCWUCAGCAGCAGAUCAGCUCAGUUUGGCCCUGGCCUGGAACAGAGUGGACAUUGCUCGUAAUCACAUAUUUGUUUAUGGGCACAACUUACCGCCUGCUGGAGCCAUUGCCGUCACAACAUCUGCAGCCAUGACUCAGGAGAAACCCAAGAGUCCUGCCAGCACGUCUCGCAGCAAGAUUCGGGCAAAAAAAGGGAAGGGAAAAGGAAAGGCGAAGCCUGAACCUCCAGAAGAAACUGACCCAAGAAAGCUGGAGCUUAUUCGCUGGGUGAACUCUCUGGAGCAGGCCAUGAUGGAUGCUCUGGUGUUGGACAGAGUGGACUUUGUCAAACUGCUGCUUGAGAAUGGAGUCAACAUCCAUCAUUUCCUCACCAUCCCAAGGCUGGAGGAGCUAUACAACACAAAACUUGGUCCUGCAAAYACACUGCAUGUCAUAGUCAGGGAUGUCAAAAAGGGAAACCUUCCUCCAGAUUAUCAGAUCACUUUGAUWGAUAUCGGUCUGGUCCUGGAGUUCCUCAUGGGUGGAGCUUACAGGAGCAACUAUACAAGGAAGGCUUUCCGCAACCUGUACAACAAUCUGUAYGGGCUAAAACGGCCAAAAGCUUUGAAGCUCCUGGGUAUGGAGGAUGAUGAACCCAGGCCAAAAGGAAAGAAAAAGCACAAAAAGAAGAAAGAAGAAGAGGUGGAGAUUGAUGUGGAUGACCCGGAGGUGUGUCGAUUCAAGUAUCCCUUCCACGAGCUGAUGCUGUGGGCCGUGCUGCUGAAACGUCAGAAGAUGGCACUGUUCCUCUGGCAGCGUGGAGAAGAGGGCAUGGCGAAGGCCUURGUGGCUUGCAAACUCUACAAGACCAUGGCCCACGAGUGCUCCGAGAGUGAGCUGGUGGAUGACAUCUCCCAAGACCUGGAGAACAACUCCAAGUCAGUGCCACAACAGGAUGCAGUCAAGUCAAACAUUGGAGUCUUCAUCCAAAAUGUUGCUUUUUUUUUUCUUUGUAGAGAGUUUGGCCAGUUGGCUUAUGAACUGUUGGACCAGUCCUACAAGCAUGAUGAGCAGGUGGCCAUGAAGCUCUUAACAUACGAGCUGGUCAACUGGAGCAAUUCCACCUGUCUGAAGCUUGCAGUUGCUGCAAAACAACGGGAUUUCAUCGCUCACACCUGCAGCCAGAUGUUGCUCACAGACAUGUGGAUGGGCUGCUUACGAAUUGGGAAAAAUCCAGGCCUAAAGGUUAUUCUGGGAAUCAUUUUGCCUCCUUUGAUUCUAUUGUUGGAUUUCCGCAUUGGAGACGACGCUUCCUAUCAGGGUCGUGGAGACAAAGAAGAGGGGAAAGACAAGGACGACGAUGCAAAAUCCAGCAAGGAUCCCAACACCGAUGCAACUUCCCGGAAGGGGGAUGAGGAGGAAGGCAGCACUAAGGUUCGCAAAAUUCCCAUCGGUAGAAGGUUCUUUGAGUUUUAUGAUGCGCCGUUCACUAAAUUCUGGUUCAACACUAUUUCCUAUCUGGGUUAUUUGAUGAUGUAUAAUUACAUUAUCCUGGUGAAAAUGGAACGAUGGCCAUCUAUACAGGAGUGGACAGUCAUUGCAUACAUCCUGACACUUGGCACUGAAAAAGUCAGACAGAUUCUGAUGUCAGAACCAGGGAAGCUAAAGCAGAAAAUAAGUGUGUGGAUGGAGGACUACUGGAACAUCACAGACCUGGUUGCCAUCUCCACCUUCCUUCUGGGGCUGAUGCUACGGCUGCAGCCUGAGCCUUACAUGGGCUAUGGCAGAGUCAUCUACUGCAUCGACAUAAUCUUCUGGUACAUUCGUGUGUUAGACAUCUUUGGAGUCAACAAAUACCUAGGACCCUAUGUGAUGAUGAUCGGGAAGAUGAUGAUUGACAUGAUGUACUUCGUGGUCAUCAUGCUAGUGGUGCUGAUGAGCUUCGGCGUGGCUCGGCAAGCCAUCCUUCACCCGGACGAAGAGCCGACAUGGCGCCUGGCCCGAAACAUUUUCUACAUGCCCUACUGGAUGAUCUAUGGGGAGGUUUUUGCGGACUCGAUAGACCGUAAGACUAGAAUUCAUAUCUAUGCAAUGGAAAUAAAUCCUCCAUGUGGAGAACAUUUGUACGAUGAAGACGGGAAGAAACUUCCUCCCUGUAUCCCCGGUGCCUGGCUCACACCGGCUAUUAUGGCUUGUUACCUUCUUGUGGCGAACAUCUUACUGGUCAACCUGCUCAUUGCUGUCUUCAACAAUACCUUCUUCGAAGUCAAGUCCAUUUCCAACCAGGUGUGGAAGUUUCAAAGAUAUCAGCUGAUCAUGACCUUCCAUGACCGCCCCAUUCUGCCACCACCUCUCAUCAUCCUCAGCCACCUCUACAUCCUCUUCACCAGGCUGUUCCGGCGCUGCGUUAAGAGGAAGCAGGAGGGAGAGCUGGACGAGAAGGACCGAGGCCUCAAGCUCAGGCUGAAUCCAGAAGAGCUUAAGAACUUGUACGAGUUUGAAGAACAAUGCGUGGAGGUAUAUUUUCGUGAAAAAGAAGAUGAGCAACAGUCAUCAAGCGAUGAACGCAUCAAAGUUACUUCAGAAAGAGUUGAGAACAUGUCGAUGCGUCUGGAGGAGGUAAACGAGAGGGAGAACACCAUGAAGGCAUCCUUGCAGACAGUCGACCUGCGUCUGGCCCAGCUGGAGGAGCUCCACGGACGUAUGGCGGUCGCACUGGAGAAGCUCGCAGGGGUGGACAGGCAGGAGCUGACCCGAACCUUUUCGCGAAAUUCGUCCGUGUGCGACCCUUCCUCCUCUCUCCUCCGCCAGGGCAGCAUCAACAGUGCCGACGGUUACAGUCUGUACCGCUUCCACAUGGACAUGGAAGAGUUCGCAUCCAGGCAGAAGGACUCCGAAGAGAAGGGCGGCCUUGAGAGACAGCGAAGUUUGCGACAAGCUGCCAGCACGUGCGCUCUCUACACCAAGGAAAGCGGUCAGACUCUAGAGGUUGGUGGUUUGGACAGAUCACGACCCGGUUCAUGUGUGGACAUUCUCAUAUCUCCGUGUGAACAAAAGUCACUUUCUGGGRCAUCAAGUCAAGAGACCAUUGCCAGCAUAAAGCAAGGCAGCACAAUGCUGCUAGACAAACUAAUGGACAAAAACCGACUAAAACCUUUGUCUCCUGCUAAAAGGACUAAGUCGCUCAAGCACUUUCCAGCUGAAGAGCAACCCGUAUCUCCUUUAACGAAAAGAAGAUCUAUGAGYACCAUCACUGUUCACCCCCUUGAUAAUCCAGAGGAUGCUGCUAAAGUCAAAGUGGUGGCCAGCCUUCCCAAAAUGUCCUCUUCUCCAAGAAGGGCAAAAUCUAUGAGACAUCUUCUGACUGAAACCCAGAGUCAGACAUCUCCCAUCACUAGAAAGAGGACCAUGAGCAGCCUUAUGUACAACCAAGCUGAGCCAGGUGAUAACAUUCAGACUAAAGCUCAAUAUCAAUGGUCAACAAAUCAGGAGUUUAGCAUCCAUCCCAGCCUCAUACCUAAAGGAUCAACAAUCAAACCACUUACACAGCAGUUACAGACUGCCCCCACACUUACGGAGUUUGAAAAACUGAAUAAUAUCAACGCACGUCCUUCAGGUGAAGAAGGACCACCGGAAACUGAAGAAGAGGAAGCCCACGUAGGAACGAAGGUCAAAAGAAACCCCUCAGACGCCACCGACUAUCUGACUGUAGCCGACGAAAGGCUUCUGCGAUCUUACAGGUCACAGAGCUGCAACGCCACCGACAAAAAAGCAAAGCCUUUGGUGCUCUCCAAGGAGCCGAGAACGUGCAGCAGUGAGAGGGACCUCACGAGAGCAACUAGGGUUUCAGAUGUCGGACGUGAGAUUGAGAAAAAGAAAAWGAUAGAAGCAGGAAAGGCAGAAGAUGGUGCACAAAAUGAGAAUUGAAAGCAACGAAAAGGAGAAGGAACAUAGGCCAAAACCCAGUUAGGAAACAGUGAAAAGAGUAAGAUGACUACAUAUAUGUAAAAAUCAAACACUCUUCUAUGAAUAUUAAUUUUCUUUACUUUUGUUAACAUUCUACUAACAUACAAGAGCCUACAGAGAACUUAAUCUACAAUACAGCCUUCCUCAACUGCUGUCUUUUCAGGUUGGAGACAAAAAAAAAAAGAACGUCUUCGGUUUUUGGAAAGAUUUUUUUAAAAUGCAUGCACACGUGAACAGCAAAAAAACUUCCCUUUCUAUAUAUGUUUGGCAUUUUUAUAUACAUUCUGUAAACGAUUUUUCCCCCUUUUCAGAUACUGUGCUUAAUAUUGACCUCUUCAAAGUGUCUACUACAUCCUUCAUGCAAAUACAAACAACCGUGAAAGAGUACAUUUUCAGUGCAGCUUCGGUGAAAUAAACUUCCUUCACAGUUUUUCCAAACACAGAAACUUGUAUAAAUAGUUCAAAUGUAAAAAUAAUAAUAAAAAAGAAGAGCAAAAAGUAA